AUGGGUAGGUCUCCUUGCUGCGAGAAAGACCACACGAACAAAGGAGCUUGGACCAAGGAAGAAGACGAUAAGCUCGUCUCUUACAUCAAAUCCCACGGCGAAGGCUGUUGGCGUUCCCUUCCUAGAUCCGCUGGUCUUCUCCGGUGCGGCAAAAGCUGCCGUCUCCGGUGGAUCAACUAUCUCCGACCUGAUCUCAAGAGAGGCAAUUUCACCCUCGACGAAGACGACCUUAUCAUCAAACUCCAUAGCCUCCUCGGUAACAAGUGGUCUCUUAUUGCGACGAGAUUGCCAGGAAGAACAGAUAACGAGAUUAAGAAUUACUGGAAUACACAUGUUAAGAGGAAGCUCUUAAGAAGAGGGAUUGAUCCCGCGACUCAUCGGCCGAUCAACGAGACUGGAACUCCUCGAGAUUCGUCGAAAGCUAGAGAAACAGAGGACUCUCUUGUGAAGAUUCUCUCUUUCGGUUCUCAGUUGGAGAAGAAAGAGAUUUGUGGGUUUAAUAGAAAUCCUCAAAAGGGACUGAUUUGCAAAAGAGAGAGAGCUGAGUACUCGGUUGUUGGAGAAAGAAGCUUAGAUUUGAAUCUUGAGCUUAGAAUCAGCCCGCCAUGGCAAAACCAGCAGCACCAUGACUAUGAGACAAAACUUCGGUCUGGAAGAGAGAAAUCUUUGUGCACUGCGUGUCGUUUUGGAUUGGGAAACGGCAAGGAGUGUAGCUGUGAUAAUGUGAAAUGUCAAACAGAGGACAGCACUAGUAGCAGCUAUACUUCAAGCGAUAUUAGUAGUAGCAUUGGUUAUGACUUCUUGGGUGUAAACACUCGGGUUUUGGAUUUUAGUAUUUUGGAAAUAAACUGA